CACCCAAGCCGGAUCUUCUUUGCGUGGACUCCUCACCAGAUCUGUGACGGCCCGAGGCCUGCCGCGGCUGAAGGGAACUUUUUCGAGCGUGGCGAACGUUUUUUCCUAGGUUAUACGAUUCAUUACACGGGGUGGUUUCUUGAGACUGAGAAAUGCGCUGCCGGCAUUAAUAGGGCUUCAAAACCGAGGCUGCUACGGGUUGGACUCCUUUUCUUCAGCCGCGCAUGCGCUCUGGAGGUGGAACGAUACCGAGCUGUUCGCCAACUAACACUGGGUAGUGGCGGUCGGGAGGGUGGGUCAGCGCUGCGUGGGGGGUGUGCUAGAAUCCAUGCGCCGGCGGGGCCGCGCGAGGGAAGCGGCAGUCGCCAUUUUGAAGCGGUUGUAGGGAGGCGGCGUGUGUAGCUGCUCCCGCGUGCCCGGCCCGUUCCCACCGCUUACUUCCCCGUUCACUCUCCUAGCUUCGGCUCAUCACCGCCGCAGCCAUUGCCGACCCUGCCAUGUCCGGAGGGGGCGUGAUCCGCGGCCCAGCCGGUAACAACGACUGCCGCAUCUACGUGGGGAACCUGCCGCCCGACAUCCGCACCAAGGACAUCGAGGACGUGUUCUACAAGUACGGGGCCAUCCGCGACAUCGACCUCAAGAACCGCCGCGGCGGGCCGCCCUUCGCCUUCGUGGAGUUCGAGGACCCCAGGGAUGCGGAGGAUGCGGUGUACGGAAGGGAUGGGUACGAUUACGAUGGAUAUCGUCUGAGGGUGGAGUUUCCCCGAAGUGGCAGAGGCACCGGCAGAGGAGGUGGCGGAGGUGGAGGUGGUGGGGCCCCCAGGGGCAGGUAUGGCCCCCCGUCCCGACGGUCUGAGUACCGAGUGAUAGUUUCUGGACUGCCUCCAAGUGGAAGUUGGCAGGAUUUAAAGGAUCACAUGCGUGAAGCAGGUGAUGUAUGUUAUGCUGAUGUUUUCCGAGAUGGAACUGGUGUCGUGGAGUUUGUACGGAAAGAAGAUAUGACCUACGCAGUGCGAAAACUGGAUAACACUAAAUUUAGAUCUCAUGAGGGAGAAACUGCCUACAUCCGUGUUAAAGUUGAUGGCCCAAGAAGUCCAAGCUAUGGAAGAUCUCGGUCACGCAGCGUAGUCGUAGCAGAAGCCGUAGUCGAAGCAACAGCAGAAGCCGCAGUUAUUCCCCAAGAAGAAGCAGAGGAUCUCCACGCUACUCUCCCCGUCACAGCAGAUCUCGUUCUCGUACAUAAAUGAUUAGGGAUGCUCACUUUUUGUAGAACCCCAUGUUGUACACAGUUUUCCUUUACUCAGUACAGUCUUUAAUUUUUUAAUUCAAACUGUUUUAUUCAAAUUGGCUGAAGUGUUGAAUUGCAUUCUUGUGUAAUAUCCCUAGUGAGUAUUUGCUCCUUAACAUCAACAUUCCCCUCAUGUCUUUGGUAAAUUGUAUUUUAAUUGAUGUUAUUGCCAGGAUUGUUUAAAUUUAGUUAAAGUUAACUACCCACACUCUGCAGACUGUGGUAUUGCUGUGUCAAUGUCUCCGUGUUCAGCUAUGGUUUAUACCAGCUGGGGAUGUUGGGAUGUUUGUGGUUAACUUGUUUCUUCUGGGGGAUCUUAUAUUUUAUCUUGCCUUUUCAUGUGUCUUUCUGUAGACAUAUCUGAAGAGAUGGAUUAAGAAUGCUUUGGAUUAAAGGAUUGUGGAGCACAUGUCAAUCAUUUUAGGAUUGUCAAAAGGAGGAUUGAGGAGGAUCAGAUCAAUAAUGGAGGCAAUGGUUUGGAUUGGAGAGGGCUCACUGGAUCCCAAUCCUUGGAGCUGGAUCAUUGGAUUCAAAUCAUAAUGUGGAUAGGAUAGGGAGGCUGAAUUACAAGGAUUCAUGGAGCGGGAUCAGAUUACCAGGAACAUAGGAGUGGAUUCCUGCCCCAACCAAACCGCAUUCGUGUGGAUUUUUUUAUUCAACUCAAUUGGCUAUUCCAAAGAUUUUUUUUCCUAUUUUUGACGAUUGGAGCCCUUAAGAUGCACGAUGGAUUUUUUUUUUUCAUUUUUUUGGUAAAAGGAGCAAAGCGAGGACCUGGAGAGGUACGCUGGAGCAAUCUCCUUGGAAGGAUUCAGCACGAGUAGAUGGUAAACAUUAAAGGGGAAAAGGGGGGUUUGUUUAAAAAAAAAUCAGUCAUUUCUCUAAAUUUAAAGAUAAAUUGGAGUUAAAGAUUAAGUAGGUUUUCAAUUGGCUUGCUGCCUUUUUUUCUUUGACAAAUAAAAUUUUAAAAAAAAUUGCAUGGUUGUUCUCAUUUGUCAAAUGUAAGAAUCUUAAGGUGGUCAUCAACGUCCUGCCACAAUGAACUGCAAUAAGAUUAAAGGUUACACUCAACAGUAUUCAGACAGAAGGGUUUUUAUUUUGCGUUCCAUAAAGAUCCAUUUUUUACACCAACACUUAAUGUUAAUCGUUGAGGUUUUAAGCAGGUCACUUGUUUUCGACUUUUAGGAUUAUAUAGAGGAUUUCUUAAUUUGAAGAGAAUACUGUGACGUAUAUUUUAUAGGAAAUGUUUUGAUCAGUCACUCUUAACAGUGAUCAAGCUCACUGAAAUUUUUUUCUUUCAAAACCAAGACAAACAAGGUUGGAAUGGUAUGGUAAGAUUUUUAAUCUUAAACUGUUGUAUUUGUUCUUGCUAUUGUAAUCUGAUAGUUUAUUGCAUCUAAAGCAUCAGUCUCUUGCAAAAUGGACAUAGAUUAGUUAUUGAGGGUAUACAGGAAAAAAGCACAUGUUUUUAGCCAAGUUAACAAAACUUCUUAGCAACAUCUUUUUAAAGACAAAAGAUGUAGGGAACGUCUUUUAGGGGACCAUGCUAUAAAAAGUGAGCUUGGUUGUAAUCCUGAUGAAAGUAAAUAACUAUAUAUGGUAGGAGGGAUUAAAAUAUGCUUCAGACUGUUAAAAUGCUAAGUAGUUUAGAUAAUUGGGGAAUUACAAACAUUGUUGGAUUUCAUAUAUAAUUAAUAUGCGCAAAGAUUAAAUAUUAUAGGUUGUCAAGAAGAAAUCCCAAAAGGAUUAAACUUGUAAUUAAACUGUGAUUGUAUUAUAGGCUGUUGAGUAAUAACAACACCUGGGUCUAUUGUUUAGCUCUAGGCUAAGUCCUUUUGAUUGCCAAGAUGUGUCAUUGUAGAACACACACUUUGGAGUAUCUGAAUGUGACAUUAAACUUCUUAAAAUGCCUAUAAAACAUAGCCAUAUAUCAUCA